AUGCCCUUCUCCUUGGAGGAGUCCAAAGGCCCCGUGCCGCGAUCACUGUUGCUGUGGCACACAGGCACAAACAUCGGUGGGUACCAGAGCAAAAACGGAUGGAUGCAAGAGGUCCUCACCUGGGAGGUCCUCACUAGUCCGCGAGAGGUCCUCACCCGCACCCGGGAGGUCCUCAUUGGCGUACACAAAGACGCGUUUGGCUCGACGGCGGUCGAGUGCACGGUCCACGGAGCUAAGUGCCUCGCCGUCCUCGCCGGAGGCGUGCCUUACAGCCCGUCGGUGAUCGGUCCGGCGCUGAGCGAGCUGCGCGAGAGCAUCAACGGCGUCCUCCUCGACGUGCGACUCCUCUCGCUCUACCUCAACGCGGGCGUGUUUGCGCUCGCGCUGAUCUGCGGCCUUCUGCUCGGCGACCAGUCGCGGCCGGAUCUGCCGCGCGACGAGCGCGAGGGCGACGACGGCCUCUACCGCACGAUGCCGGCGGCGAGAGCGGCCACGUGGGACCGCGGCGGGCCGACCUUUCGCGGCGGCGGCAGAGGCGCGCUGUCCGAACGCAGCUCUUUGCCGCCGCCGCCGCCGGCGCAAAAGUUCGUGGACGAGCUGCGGCCGUCGCGUGGUGCCUUCACCGCCGUCUCCGCAGGCCUGUGGGUCGAGUUCGUUCUCUGCGUCGCUCUCGACACGCUCGGCACCGCGUCCUACUUUUACCCGCUGGGAGAGUUUUUUGUGGACGGCGGCUUCGCCUUCGCCUACGCCUUCGCCAUCGAGCUCUUCUUCGACUGGCCUGCGAUGGCGCUGUUUGGCUUUUGGGAGGAGGCGCUUCCGUAUACGGACGGCAUCCCCAGCCCGCCACCCCCGCCUGGGCUCGCCACUACUGUGACCGUGAUUGCUCUUCUCCUCGCUGUGACAAUAGGCAUCCCCACCGCCACCCUCGCCUGGGUCCUCACCGUGUGCGGCGUGCGGUACGCCAUGCAGGGGCGCACCGCCAGGGCGGGCGUGCGCCAGGGGAAGGACCGAGGCACUUUGCUGCUCGUCGACCGGCUGGCAAAGGGGCGGGGCGAGGCGCUGCGAGAGAAGCGGCCGGCUCGCUGGUUCGACGACCAGUGGGGCUAUCUUGACGACCCCGCCGCCGCCAAGGGGGCCGACACGAGCCCGAUCCUGCGGGACCGCUCCGGCAACGCGCUGCCGUGA